AUGUUACAGGUUCGUGGAGCUGAGGAUGAGGAAGAAGAGCAAGCGGAGGAGGACUGCCCUGAGUUGGUUCCCAUUGAGACGACACGCAGGGAGGAGGCGGAGGAGGAAAACUCUGGGGCCGGCGCCAAGAUCCCUGUCACAAUUAUCACCGGGUAUUUAGGUGCUGGGAAGACAACACUUCUUAACUACAUCCUGGCCGAGCAGCAUAGCAAAAGAAUUGCCGUGAUUUUGAAUGAAUUUGGGGAAGGGAGCGCUGUGGAGAAGCCCCUAGCUGUCAGUCAAGGCGGCCAGCUGUACCAGGAGUGGCUGGAGCUGAGCAACGGGUGUCUCUGCUGCUCUGUCAGGUGA